UAUGUUUAGUAAGAGUUCGACAAUUUUAGUUAAACAACCAAUACAAAGAUUGAAUUCCAUCUCAAGACAUUUAAGCAGUGCACAAUUGACAAUGGCUCCUACUUCUAGUACAUCUAUUAAACAUUACGACUACCUUGUAAUUGGGGGUGGAUCUGGAGGUGUUGCCUCCGCUCGUAGAGCUGCCUCUUAUGGUAAGAAAGUCUUAUUGGUUGAAUCCAAGUUCAACAAAUUGGGAGGUACUUGUGUAAACGUUGGAUGUGUUCCAAAGAAAGUCAUGUGGUAUGCUGCCGAUUUGGCCCACAAGAAGCAUCAAUUAAAAUCGUAUGGUUUAUCAAAGAAUGAUGAUGAUGAAGUCAAGUUUGGGGAUUUUGAUUGGUCUCAUAUCAAGGAAAAGAGAGAUGCUUAUGUUACUAGAUUAAACGGUAUUUAUGCCAGAAAUUUGGAAAAGGAAGGUGUUGAAUAUUUGUUUGGUUAUGCACAAUUUGCCAACUCCAAUGCUGAUGUGGAAGUCACCUUAAGCGGUGAUCAAGAAUUAGGAUUCCUUGAAGAAGGUAAGAAAUACGCAAAGGAUGAAAAGUUAUUAUUUUCUGCUGAUAAGAUUUUAAUUGCCACUGGUGGUCAACCAAUUGUCCCUCCAAAGGUUGAAGGAUCUGAAUUUGGUAUUACUUCUGAUGGGUUUUUCGCAUUGGAAAAGCAACCUGAAUCUGUUGCCGUUGUUGGUGCUGGAUACAUUGGUGUUGAACUUUCCGGUGUUUUCCAAAGUUUGGGCUCCAAGACUCAUUUGGUCAUCAGAGGAGACACUGUAUUGAGAUCCUUUGACGAAGCUAUUCAAGACACUGUCACUGACUACUACACUGACAAGCUUGGUGUUAAUGUCAUCAAGCAAUCUGGAAGUGUUACCAAGGUCGAAAAGACCACCUCAGGUAAGAAGAAGGUUUACUUGGGUAACGGUGAAGUAUUAGAAGUUGAUGAAUUAGUUUGGACUGUAGGUAGAAAGUCAUUGGUUAACAUUGGUUUGGAGAAAGUUGAUGUUAACGUUAAUGACCAUCAACAAGUUAUUGUUGAUGAAUAUCAACAAUCGUCUAACCCUAAGAUUUUGUCAUUAGGUGAUGUUGUUGGUAAUGUUGAAUUAACUCCUGUUGCCAUUGCCGCUGGUCGUAAGUUGUCUAACAGAUUAUUUUCUGGCAAGAAAGAAUUUGCCGAAGAUAAGCUUGAUUACACAAAUAUUCCUUCAGUUGUCUUCUCCCACCCAGAAGCUGGAUCUAUUGGUUUAACCACCAAGCAAGCAAAGGAGAAGUACGGUGAAGAAAAUAUCAAAAUCUAUCAAUCUAGAUUCACUUCUAUGUACUACGCCAUGAUGGAAGAUGACUCCUUGAAGUCUCCAACUUUCUACAAGAUCAUUGUUGCUGGUGAAGAUGAAAAGGUUGUUGGUCUCCAUAUCAUUGGGGAUGACAGUGGUGAAAUCUUACAAGGUUUUGGUGUUGCCAUUAAAAUGGGAGCCACCAAGAAGGACUUUGACAGCUGUGUUGCUAUCCAUCCUACUUCUGCUGAAGAGUUGGUCACUAUGAGAUAGAUAUCUACGAG